GUGAUGCAAAGCGAUCGGACCCCUCGUGGAAUCGCACCGCGCCCCGAGCAGCCGAAAACACCUCCAUGGCCUGGAUCACCAGGUGGAGAGCGGGGUUGGGCAGGAAAAGCUCGCCGGCUUCUUGGAGACGAGCUUCGAAAGAGGAGCUGCGGAUGGCGCUACAGCCACGGCAGCUUGGGAAGGGCGGCAACUGCUCAUUCCACGUAAAGCAUGGCUGCCUGGGGCGCAGCCACACGAUAAGGUGCGAGGUGCCCUUGGACGCCUCAGACCGGGCCUCAAAGGUCUUGAAGACGGGUCAAAAGGCCCCGGCGCUGGAAUCCUUAGCCAGCUUGCUCCACCAUGUGUCUCUUUCCCCGCCUUGCAGAUUGCUUUUCGUGGGUGAUUCGCUGAUGUCGGAUCUGUACAUGGCGAGCGUGUUCGGUGCAAUGCGCCUCGGAUGGAAACGUCUUCGCUGGUGCAGCGGAGAAGCAAACUCCUCCUUCGGCGCCCUCUACUGGGAGGGGGAAAACUCUUCACUGCCCUUGUGGAAGUCAUGCCGGGCCACCGGCACGAAGCUGAAAGACAAGAAGCAGGGAUUUUUUCAGGCGACUCAUCCGCGCACUCCACUGCACCCCAGCUGCUCCAGCUUGAUGCUUGCCUUUGCCCAGCCCGACAACGCGGCAGCUGCAGACCCCUUCAGCACCUACUCCUACGUGGUUCUGAACUGGGGGGUCCACGAAAAUGACCCCAGGACCUUCGGUGAGGGGAUGGCCCGUCACGCGCUGCCUUUGCUGCGCGCGGGCAAGUUCGACCAGCUGGUGUGGCUGACAACGCAUCCGCAGCAUUUUCCAACCCAGGAUGGCUCGGGGCUCUAUGCGCACAGAACUGUGAAGGGCCAAGCCUCCUCGAGGGAGUGUGCGCCGAUCACGAACAUGUCUGCCGCGAGGUGGCGCAAUCGGGAGUUCCUUCGAUGGUUGACGACGGUCAUGCCGCAAGCAAGGCGCCACUUGAGAAUCGCCGAUGCCUUCGAUUAUUUUGCUUUGCGGCAUGACUUGCAUUGCUAUCCGGACUGCACUCACUUUUUGUAUUCACCCUUCGCCCAGUUCUACAAUUGGGCGGCUAUUGUGCAGGCACUGGUGGAUUGA